AUGUCUGUGGAUCUUAGGUACACGACCUUCAAUGAUGUCUUCAAACGAAGGUGGUCUGAUAUCUUGCGCUUCCGGGCCAAGUCUCUCUUUACCACCUGUGAGGUUUGCAGUGUCCUCAAGAAGCAACUGGGUGACGACAGUGGAGCUUCCAGCGCCUUGCCAGCGCCGCCCGUCAAGAAAGCAUGCACUGCUUAUGAGAAGCAACUGCAAAAGAUGGAAGGCGAUGUGAGUUUCAUCAAGGAGCUGUCUGACUACAUCUGUUCCUUCCGGCAGCCUGAAGAUGCAUCGCUGGAUUCAGACGGUUCUCAUCCAGCCUCCUUGGUCAUGGAGCUCUUGAACGAGGGGGAUGCAGGCCUGCGAUGCCAACAGUUGGAUGCAUGGUUCCAGGAGUACGCCAGCUACAGGGGCAUGCCAUAUCUGUACAAGAAACCGGGCUUUGACAUGAAUCCAUCCAUGGCAGAUGAAACAGUCAAGAUCCCGAUCACCUGCUUGAAGUUUGACAAGCCAGAUGACGGCUUGCCAAUCACGGCUGAUUGGCUGCAGACUGCCGAAUCCAUUCUAUUUGGAGGUCUAGACUUGGGGCGCGAACCAUUGGACUGCUCAAUGGAUUCUGGCUCAGGUCCUACGGCGUGGCCAUGCGAACUGCAGACCAUAGACGUCGUCAAGGGAUGGACGAGAGCCUCAGUGGUGAUGACAUUUCUCAUUGCAGCCUCCGAAUUGGACUUGAACGACCCAGAGAGCCGCGAGAAGUUGAAACCAUUGCACCGGGUGCUCGACAAGGGCUGGAUGAUCCCAUGCCAUGAAGCACGCCACAUUUUGCAGCGGCACAUCGACCACGUGAAGUGGGCCCACUGUGCUUUUAGCACAGAGCAGUUGCGUGGCAACCGUUGGAUGAUAGGCGCAACGCCAAAAGCAGGAUGUCCACCGGCUUUGAAGAAAGCCUUGACCGUUACGGAGCAGUCGCAGGCCAUGCACUUCAGGUUGACAAUCCAUUGCUUCAUCGAAGGCGGCCGGAGACUCAGGGCAUCAUCGAGAUCAAGACUCCGAUGGGCGUCUCAGCAGUUUGAUGUGCACGCCGACCUUGCAUGCAUGUACUCGGCAGUCUUGGAUGAGGCCCGUGAGUUGAGCAGCUGGACGGAUCAGAAGGAACAGGUGUUGAUGAAGGCCUUUUAUUCGAAGAGGCUGGAGGACAAAUUCACCAACCACAAGAUUGAAUUGAGGCCGUGGACUUUGAACAUCAACUUGGAUGAACUUCACAAGAACCGGGAACUGCCUGGCGCAUUUGGCUGCUUCCUGGGAGUCGCAGACUCCACCUUGUUCUGCGGAAGCUUCUUGUGGACACGGCAGGCCUUGAUGGAGUUCCCAAGCGCCAUUCAAGAGAAAGAUUUCACUGUUCCUGGCGACGCAAUGCUGAGCCACACAGAGCGCCGCAAUCUCACGGACUUUCAAGAAACUUCGCAGUGGCUCGGGGGUCCAGCAGUUCCCAAGGCUGUUCUGAAGGCUCUCUUGAGUGGAGUGAAGAACAAUUUCACUACGGUGGUCAUUCACCCUACUGCGUAUGAUGGCUCCCUCGAGAUUGCGGCCUUGCAGAGUGGGCACUGGACUGUUGGCACAUCCACCACUGAUAUCCACUACAAAGCUGCAAGGGAUUCUGUCAAGAACCACUUGCUGCAGGCUUGGAAAACUGGGACUGCCCCAAUGGACAAACAACAGCAGCGGUACAAGAAAGAUGUCCCGGCCGAUGACAUGCCGAAAGCUCCGAGCGUCCCAGAGCUGAAACUAUGCACACACAAUGAAGGCAGGCUCUCGAUCCCAACAGAUGUCCGAAAACACUUCAUCCAGUGUGCCAUCCAUGGACCAGAGUGGAGGGACAUCCUGGUGCAGUUCGACAAGGACUGGGGUGCACCUGUCGCUGGAACUCCCAACGGAUCUCCCAUUGCCCCCGUGCCUCUCAAGAAUGAGACCGCCAACAAUGGAUCGCCUGGUGAGACGCCCAAGGUUGAGCCGAAGGUGGAGCCAGAUUUUGAAUGGGCCAACACCUUCAAGGAAUCUCCUGCUACUUUUGCAGAGUUGAAGAACAAGUUCGGGGAUGAACUGAAUGAGCUUGCUGGGCUAGCUUCAACUUCCUCGUUCUUUUUGGCUCCUGGACCUCAGCUGUACCUGGUGGCCAAAGAGCCAAUCCACCUAAAGUGCAUGGAGGGCGCCCUCAUCUCCUACGGCGCAGGUUCAUGGCUUACAGGGGAGAAAGCUACCAAGUUUGAGUCGAACUCCCCAGACCGUGCCAUACCCUGCAAGCUUUCAUCAGAUCAGGUCCAUUGCAUCUUCGAGGAUAGGGGUUCCCAAAGAUGUUAA